AUGCCUAAAGUUUUGAAAGAUCCUCAUGAAGGCAUAAAAUAUCAUAAUGUACGAAAAUCACGUUGGGGUGAGCCUGGCUGUUAUCAACUUCAUAGGCCAUCAGACUGCCGCCUCAAAUUUCCAGCGACCAAGCGGCUUAUCCACAAAUGCGAGGAGCCGAAACACGAAUUCACCAUGGUGCCUCAGAUCGGAGGCUGGAGGAAACUCCUGGUACCGAAGACCAUACCCAAUGUGUACCCAGCUGUUAUGCACAAAGCGGAGUUUCAACGGUUGAAGAAACAGGCCAAGAUCGUGACGCAAGAGGAACAACUACAGGCGAUGCAUGCGCAAGAGGCUGCGAUUCAGAAAGCAGCGAAGGAAUCGGAAAUGCGGAAACGUAUGCUGAAGGAGAAUUUGCAAGAGCAACCGGGAGCUGAGACGGCUACAGGCACAGCGGAUCCGGAGCUCGAGGGACCAGACCAGGCUGCUCACACUAUGUCUCGAGCUGAAAGUAAGUUAACAAAACCAGGUUAAAAAAAUCCAAUAAUAAAUGAAUCAACUUUUAAAUGAUUACAUCGCGUUUGUAUUUAGUUUUAUUGACGUUUAGCUUUAUGCCUGUUUUCACUAAAUUUAGGAGUCACCCAAAUCGGUCGCCUAUAUAUUUAGGUAUCACCUAAGGUAAAAAUGCAUUUCACCAUUGACUAGGAACCUCCUAACAAAAUUAUGACCUCCGUAGCCGAGUGGUUCGCGCGCCGGUUUCAAGCCACGCUUCGGUAUGAAUGGGCCGGCUCGACCGGAGUGAUACCACGGCCUCACAGAAAACCGACGUGAAGCAACGCUUGCGUUGUGUUUCGUCGUGUGAGUGAGGGUACCGGAGGCCCAACCCUUCCCUAUUCCCUUCCCUCCAAGGCCGGCAGCGCACUUGUAGCCCCUCUGGUGUUGCAGGUGUCCAUGGGCAACGGUAAUCACUUACCAUAAGGUGAUCCGUCUGCCCGUCUGCACCUAUCCCAUAAAAAAAAAUAAAAAAAAAUCUCUGAGGUCCCGGGUUCGAUUCCCGGUCGGGUUAAUGUAGAAAAUGAACUUUUCUAUAUUGUCUCGGGUCUGGGUGUUGUGAGAUCUUCGUUGUCUCAGAUACUCCAUAAUAGCUGGCUUUAGGCUUUAACUACUCAUCUUGGAAUCUGAGCAAUGUAUGUGAUGUUGUUUAAUAUUUAUUUAUUUUGUACUUAUACGAUAGGUUAUAAAUAUAUAGCCAAGGGAUAAUUUCUUUUUAUAAAUAAUUUAUGGAAAUGUUUAUUCAAUUUAAUAUAAAGGUAGCUAAUACUCUUAAUUAAAAAGACAGUCAACA